AUGCAUUGCCGAGGUCCCGAAGACCGUAGGGAGGACAAGCAGCCUCCACGCGAUGGAUCACCGGGCUAUGGCCCCAACAUCGCCGGGGUGAUCAAUACCAUCGCGGGAGGACCAACGGGAGGAGACAGCCAGAACUCCCGAAAGCGGACCUAUCGCCAGGCCGGGAUGGAAGUGGCUGAGCCGAGUUCUCGGCUGUCCGAAGUCAUCACCUAUGGUCCCACUGACCCAGUCCCCGCCGCCUCCAGCAACCACGAAACCCUCGUGAUCGAGGUCCUCACCAACAACUACAUAGUCAAAAAGGUCUAUGUUGACCCCGGAAGCUCGGUAGACGUCAUGUACUAUCGAACUUUCAAAAGUUUGAAACUGACCAGGGAGCAACUCACUCCUGUCAGAACUCCCCUCGUUGGGUUCGGGGGACACGUGGUCCACCCCGAGGGAAUGGUGUCCCUGAUGGUGACUGUCGGGCGACAUCCCCGCUGCCGAACUGUACCCGUCAACUUCGCGGUGGUUAAGGCAGAUUCUCCCUACAAUAUGUUAAUAGGUCGACCCACGCUUAACGCCUUGAGAGCUGUGUACUCUACCUACCACCUGAGUUUCAAAUUCCCAACACCAGCGGGGGUGGCCGAGGUGAGCAGCGACGUGAGUACUGCCCGCGAAUGCUACCUCGCCACCAUCCAGGCCGCGGUCACUCCCCAGACUGCAUCGAAGGCCGACGAGAAGAGACCCGCGGUCCUCUCCAUAGACUGCAUUGAUCCUCAAAAAGCGGGAAAACCCGGCAGACUGGAACCCGGGGAUGAGGUGGAGCAGGUGGUCUUGGAUGAGACGAGACCUGACCAAGUGGUCCAAGUGGGGGCCGGACUCCCUUCGCCUCUGAAGGAAGAGAUGAUUCACCUGAUAAAGGACCACCGGGACAUCUUUGCGUGGUCCGCUGAUGAAGUGGUCGGGGUGCCACCUGAGCUCAUGAUUCACCAGCUCAACGUCAACCCACAAGCCCGUCCUGUAAGACAGAAACGUAGGCACUUCGGCCCCGAACGCAGCAAGGCCAUAUCUGAUGAGGUGGACAAGCUCUUACCCGCCAAGAUGAUCCAUGAGGUCCAGUACCCCACCUGGCUGUCCAACCCUGUUAUGGUCAAAAAGGAUACCGGUGGAUGGAGGAUGUGCGUCGACUUCACCGAUCUUAACAAGGCCUGCCCAAAAGAUUGCUAUCCACUGCCGAGAAUAGAUGCCCUCGUCGACUCGGCAAUGGGACAUGAGAUCCUCUGCUUUCUAGAUGCCUUCAAAGGCUACCACCAAAUAGGAAUGAGUGAGGAGGACCAAGAGAAAACGGCAUUCUACACCGACCAAGGUGUCUACUGCUAUACCACCAUGCCGUUCAGGUUAAAAAACGCCGGGGCGACCUAUCAAAGGUUGAUCAACCGCCUCUUCAAAGAUCAGAUCGGCCGAAAUGUGGCCUAUGUGGACGAUAUCCUCGUCAAAAGCUUAACCACUUCGGCCUUCUUAUCAGAUGUAAGGGAGGUCUUCGGCGUUCUGCGGGACUCGAGGAUGAAGUUAAAUCCCAAAAAGUAUGUUUUCGGUGUCACCUCAGGAAAAUUUUUAGGGUAUCUGGUUUCCCACCGGGGAAUCGAAGCUAACCCCGACAAAGUCAAGGCCAUCCAGGACAUGUCCCCACCUCGGAACCUCCGAGAAGUCCAGCGACUGAACGGACGCCUGGCCACGCUGAACCGCUUCCUAUCCCAAUCUGCUGAGAAAGCCUUGCCAUUCUUUAAGGUGCUAAAGAAGGCUGAUCAGUUUGCCUGGACUGAAGAAUGCCAGGCUGCCUUCGACAAAUUAAAACAAUAUCUGCACCACUUGCCCACCCUCGCUUCACCUCGGCCUGGAGAAAGGUUGUACCUCUACCUCUCUGCCGCCGACGAAGCUGUCAGCGCAGUGCUCAUCCGAGAUGAGGGUACCCAAGUGCCGGUCUACUACGUCAGCCGGGCCCUCCGUGGGCCGGAGACUCGGUAUACCCAGGUCGAAAAACUCGUGCUCCGGCUGGUCCACGCAGCUCGGCGGCUGAAACCAUACUUCCUAGCUCACCCCAUUUUCGUUAGGACAGAUCAGCCUAUUCGGCAGAUACUGGUGCGGCCCGAGGCCUCCGGGCGCCUCACCAAGUGGGCUGUCGAAUUGGGGGAGUACGACUUGUCGUAUGAGCCGCGCACCGCCAUAAAAGCUCAAGCCUUAGCUGAUUUUCUCGCCGACCUCACCUUCACGGAAGGUCGGGAGUCCACCUCCGUCAUUGCCGAAGUGUCCACCCCACAUUCGUGGACGUUAUAUGUGGACGGAUCCUCCAACGGGGAUGGCAGUGGAGCAGGACUACUCCUGGAGGGCCCCCAGGGAGAAGUAUGCUCGUAUGCCCUCCGCUUUGACUUCCCAGCCACCAACAAUGAAGCCGAAUAUGAGGCUUUAAUCGCGGGACUCCAGCUAGCCUGCAAGCUCGGUGCACAGCGGAUCCACGUCCGCAACGACUCCCAACUCGUAGUAUGUCAAGUCCUUGGUGAGUAUGAGGCCAAGGAUGAAACCAUGCAGCGGUAUCUAUCCAAAGUCCACCAACUCAUAGCGUACUUCGAGUCUUUCGAAAUCCAAAGAAUCCUCCGCUCCCAGAAUAGGCGAGCCGACGCCUUAUCCCGGUUGGUUUCCACCUCAUUUUCUGACCUCAACAAGACCGUUUUGGUGGAAGUGUUGAGCGAGCCGGAAUACAUGGAAGAGGUGGCCUGCCCUGUGAACACGGGAGAAACAUGGAUGAGCCCGUUCAUCCUUUUCUUAGGGCAGGGAGUCCUCCCCGAGGAUCGAGUCGAGGCGAGAAAGAUACAACGUAAAUCUGCUCGGUACGCGCUCCGCGAUGGUGAACUGUAUAAACGCUCAUACCUUGGGCCAUGGCUGAGGUGCGUUACACCCGAGGCAGGACGCCAGGUCCUCCAUGAGAUACACGAAGGCCUGUGUGGGGCUCACGUCGGCCACAGGAUGUUAGCCAGGAAGAGCUUACUUCUUGGGUACUUCUGGCCUUCCGUUCGACAAGAUGCUCAAAAUCUUGUUCUCAGCUGCCCAUCCUGCCAAGUCCACGCCCCUGAGCUUCACCAACCCUCGAACUUCAUGGUGCCAAUCACCUCACCUUGGCCGUUUGAGCAAUGGGGGACAGACAUCAUCGGUCCCUUCCCUAAAGCGGUCGGGGGCUAUACCUUUCUGGUCACCGCUGUGGACUACUUCACUAAGUGGGUCGAGGCCGAGCCUUUACGGACCAUCACAGGGCUGGCCAUUCAAAAAUUCUUUUGGAAAUGCAUUGUCUGCCGCUUCGGCAUACCUCAGAUCAUCAUCUCGGACAACGGGAGACAGUUUGCCGAGAAUCCAUUCAAGACUUGGUGCGAGAACCUCGGCAUCAAACAACACUUCACUUCGGUAGGCCACCCUCAGGCCAACGGUCAGGCAGAAAAUUUUAACCGAACUCUCUUGCAUGGCCUCAAGACCCGACUACACCGAGCUGGAUCAUCUUGGGUGGAGGAGCUCCCCAGUGUUCCGUGGUCAUAUCGGACCACGCCGAGGUCAUCCACGCAAGAGACCCCCUUCUCCUUGACCUAUGGAGCCGAGGCUGUCAUCCCUACUGAGAUCCUUACACCCAGUCCUCGGAUAACAGCCUAUGUGGCCAAGGUGAACGGAAAAGAGAGACAAUUGGAUCUCGACCUCAUCGACAAGAAAAGAGACAUUGCCUCAGCUCGGGUAGCUUCCUACAAGAACACCCUAACCCACUACUACAAUGCCCGCGUCAAGCAUCGGCGAUUCCGGCCUGGAGACUUGGUGCUAAGAAAAAACUCAGUCAGCCGAGCUGAGAACCAAGGGAAACUGGGCCCGAAAUGGGAAGGUCCAUACCGAGUUGUGGAGUAUAAUCUUAAUGGGUAUUGUAAAUUGAGUUACCGAGAUGGCUCUCUAGUGCCGAGGACUUGGCACGCCGAGAACCUCAGACUGUAUUAUGUUUGA